AUGUGGGAGGACGGUUAUCUCGUUCCACAAGCUGUUCUCAAGAAGCUGGACGCUCAGAUGGAGCGGUUAAGGGACGCAGCUGUAGGCGGCGCUGCUGGCUGUAGCGCUCAGAAUCCCGCGCUGGAGCAGCUCUCAUACGACUGGAAGCUUCUGCACGCCAGCUUCCUUAGGUUUUCGUACCAGAUCUACAACUAUGGCGAAGGCUUGAUGGGGCAAGCAGUGUCAGCGGAGGCAGCCGAGUGGGUCUACAACGAUUCCAAGUACUACAGGGCAGAUGCCCUAGACUCUGUGCAGAACCAACACCCGCCAGGAUGGGAUGAACAUUUCGCGUCUGGUAUCAAGACCAUUGCUGUGAUCCCAGUUCCUGGUGGAGCCGUACAAAUUGGUUAA